GGAAGCGGCGGGGCGGAAGUGACGGCGCGCGCUGGCGGCGCUUCCUGUUUGCGGCCGCUGCCGUUUGUCCCGGCGGGAGCCGCGGGAGGGGACGGGCGCGAGCGGCGGCCGCGCUGAGGAGCCACCGGCGGGACUUGAAAGACUUGGCUGCUGUUACCAAGACAACUCCUGAAACAUGGUGGAUUACUAUGAAGUUCUGGGAGUGCAGAAACAUGCCUCAGCAGAGGAUAUCAAAAAAGCGUACCGUAAAUUGGCACUAAAAUGGCACCCCGAUAAAAAUCCAGACAAUAAAGAUGAGGCGGAACGGCAAUUUAAGCAAGUAGCUGAGGCCUAUGAAGUCUUAUCAGAUGCUAAAAAACGUGACAUCUAUGACAGAUAUGGAAAAGAAGGCCUAAUAAAUGGAGGUGGAGGUGGAAAUCAUCACGAUAAUCCAUUUGAUUUUGGAUUUACAUUCCGCAACCCAGAUGAUGUCUUCAGGGAGUUUUUUGGCGGACGGGACCCCUUUUCAUUUGACUUCUUUGAAGACCCUUUUGAGGACUUCUUUGGAGGCAGGCGGGGUCCAAGGGGAAGCAGAAACAGAGGCGGUGGAGGAUCAUUUUUCUCUGCCUUUGGUGGAUUCCCUGCUUUUGGAAGUGGUUUCUCUCCAUUUGAUGCAGGUUUUACUUCAUUUGGCUCACUGGGACAUGGAGGCCUUACUUCAUCGUUCUCCUCUACGUCAUUUGGUGGCAGUGGGAUGGGAAACUUCAAAUCAGUAUCAACCUCAACUAAAAUAGUUAAUGGCAGAAAAAUUACUACAAAGAGAAUUUUUGAGAAUGGACAAGAGAGAGUAGAAGUUGAAGAAGAUGGCCAGUUAAGGUCGCUAACAAUAAAUGGGGAGGCAGAUGAAGAAGCGUUUGCCGAGGAGUGCAGACGGAGAGGACAACACGCGCUGCCCUCCCAGCCGACCACCCUUCGCCUGCUGAAGUCUCACAAGUCUGCCAGCUGCCCCCGCUUUGCCAGCCAUUACAAUAGUGAUGAGGUGGAAGAACAAGAUAAAAGCCGGGUUACGAGCAGCUUCGAGGCCCCUUUUUAUUUAUCAGGUGUGCACAAGCGUGUUGGUGAGAAACAUGCAGAGAAGGACCCAUCACAUAGUCAAAAGCCAAACCCAAAAAGCCAAGCAAGCAGUUGGUGCUGUGUGUUGACUUAAUGUUAGUUCCCUGGUAAAUAAUAAAUAGCAGCUUGUUUGCCUUCAUCCUGCUUUAGCUCUGAUCUUCCAUUUAGCCUAGAUUCACUAACGCCCUGGGAUAUUUAAGGAUGUUGUGCUACUGAAGUGCCUCUGCUCUUUGUUGUUAAAAGUGAAGGCAUUUUAGAGGUUAACUCAUCACAAGACUUUGCACAUUCAUUGACUUAAAUUGUGUUUGGCUUCAUUGUCCAAGGAGAAGUUCAGCAAGUUGAUAACUAUUUCUGGAAGCUGCAAUUUUAGGCAACUAAAUCCUAAUAGAGGAGGCUGAGAACGUUCAGGCUAACGUAGCAACGUGGCAAUUGUUCGGGUUAUUUUUGGAAGUAAUUAGUCCUUUGAUAUACUCCCAGUCUGUAAUUUUUUGGCAAUGUAGUCCAGAGGCUAUCUUGGACAACAAAGUCCUCAUAACUACUUGAUUUAAUUGGAACCUGUGGUCAGAGAUCAUCCAGGACUGCAAGGACAGGUUUUUCUGAUACGUGAAGGAUGCCUUUCUACUUGGAUGCCCAAACCAAGGGCCCUUGUCAGUAGUGUGAAAUCAGGUGAAGUGCUGGGAGGUGUGAGUUUAUGAGGCUUCUCAGGGUAAACACAGCACAGGAAAAAUAUGCACUGUAUCCCAAAACAGGCUCAUGCACUCCCAGUGCACCAAACUCCACUGUGUUUAUGAGCCUUUAAACCUAACCCUGUCUUUUGUAUGGAAGACCUAAAGGCAUUAUGAUGGAUUACAGAUUGAAAAAAUCAGAUUAUUGUCUUCCUGAUAAAUUGCUGGAAGCUUUGUGUGUUUAAAGAUGGCCAAGCUGAAUCUUACGUUUUAGACAAAAAAAAGGAAAAAAAAAAUAUAAUAAGUUACAGAGGCCUGAAUGUAACCUUUGGGCUGAUGUCGUGAAGCCUCCCAUGCAAGGGUUACAGGUACGGUCUCCUGUGCCUGUGGCUGGCAAAACAAAACAUUGUCUCUGCCUUUGGACACACAAGGGUUUCUGCAAUUGCAGUAUUUUGCAAUGGAUUCCAAGGAGCAGCUGAGUUUGACACACACCGUGCAAUUUUUGGAGCAAUUUUUAAGACUGCUUAGGACUUUUUGCUGUGAAUUUAUUUAUGCUCCAAGACGCACAAGUUUGCAAUUAAAAUUAAUUUCCAGAAGUAUUAGUGCAAUCACAAAAUGCUCUCUUCUAGCAGUAGAUUGUGAGUUGCCAAAAAAGACUCAGGGUGAAAAUUUGAUUGCAGUUAGACUAAGAUUUUACUGUUGCUUUAAAUAUUUUGCCUGCUGUUCCUCUGAUGGACAGGGCUGCUGAAGGACUGGUCGAGUCAGUCAUAAAAACCUAUGUGAGUGUCUUAAUCCCUUCCUGGGGAGUUUGUGCACGAGCCCUGGCCAGUAAUGCCAUUCCCCUUCGUGGGUGUUCACCUCUGCUGACUGCCUUGCCCAGCAAGCAGCUUCACCAGCACAGCUCUGUAAUUACUGAGACCACUUUACUCACUCGGCUUCUCAUCGAUCGCUGCCGUGCGUACAUGGGCCGGCGUUGGGAGAGAACAGCAUCAUUUCUGCCUUGAUCCAAAGGCCUCUUAAUUCUCUGGGAAAUAGUUAAAUUCAAUGGCCUCAAACCAGGUGCAGUUCCACCUUGAAUCAGAUGUUUUUGCCAUCACCAGUGUGGGUGAGAAAGGGUCCCCCUUGACAGCAGGACCAUGCAGCAGUUUUAGAUGUCCCAGCUGGAGCAUCUCAAGCAAACCCUGUCAUUAAUGAUUCACCUGCAGUGAGGUGGUGUCCUUUUCCCAGCUCUGCAAAUGUUUGAAUUUUGAUUUGUAAGUCCAUAGGAAAUUUAAAUGAAGGAGAAGGAGAUAGGUUUCAUCUUGACUAUGUGGUGGGAGUCCCUUUGGAAGUGGCAUCUUUCUGGUGUCCAAGAGGAAAGGCUGGCCAACUCCUUUAGACUGGCAAUAUCCAGAGGAGAUAUGAAUCCUCUUCUUAGUCAGGAUUGCCAGUUAUCACAGUGGGUAACAAAAAAAUGAGAGUUUAAUCCUCCAUCUACCAUUGACACUUUGUGUUUUAGUGGAAAUUGCUCUGGAAACUGUUCCUGGUUUCAUAACGGCCUUUUAGAAUAAAACUUCACCUCUUGUGCUCUGAAGUUGCUGCAUAUCUCAAACAGUUCUCUAGCUCCAAACAAGGAAUUUUUGACAUAAGAACUCAGAUACUGCCAGUGAUGUGCUCCCUGAUAGUGGGAUACACGGCUGACUGGUGGGAUCCGAGCUGUGUCAAAGUGCUGUUAAUGCCAGCAGAGAGCUGGGCAUGGCAGCUGUUAAUGCCAGAGGUAGUGGUAACUGCUCCUUAAAAACUACUGCUUUGGAUUUGAGAGUUUUGACCUUUAUCCAGCAAAAAUGAUUGAAAUGUUUAGUUGUUAAAAUAGUGAAAAAAUAUACAAAUUUCAUUAUUUGGAAGAUAAUAUUGCAAGGUUUGCUCUUCCUUUUCAAAGAAAUAGCUUUCAUUAACCUAUAACUUACAACAAAAAUAAUUAAUUUGUUGCUGAAUUUUCAUCUGCUGGCAUCUGUGAAGAGGAAACCAUUCUAAAAGAACUAGCUUAACUAAUCUUGAUCCUUUCCUGGCAUGGAUUCCUCUGCUGGAAAGUUGAGCUGUUUGUACUUCAUUUCAUCUUUAAUUCAGUCUCUGUUCUUUUUACCAACAUGCAGUUUCCUGAAUUACACUUUACUAACUAGUAACAGUGAUGUGCUUUGUUAUCCAAACUAAUUACUUUAUAAUUCCAUCAUAAACUUCCUUUUUGGGCAUGUAAUGGAAAGAGAAAGGAAAGCAAAGCCGCUGGUUUUUGUGGAAAUCUAAUACGUGAGGAAUGAUGGAGGUGAUGAAUGAUGGAGUUCUCCCUCCCUUUGCUCCACAUCCCCUGGCUGUAACUGUGCAGGUGGGAUGUACCUGUGUGGGGCAGGGGCUGGGAAGGCUGGCUGGUGGAUUUGGAGACUGGCUGGUUGCCCCCAGGCUCAGCCCAGAGCUGCCUUCACGCAUGGUGUUCUGGCUGCUGGUACGAAAUCAUCCUGUUACCCAUCAAAGACAGCUGGGCUGUGUGUGGAAGGGCUUUCAUGGCUGCAUAGCCUUGCAAGCUUUUGCUUGCCAUUUGGGAGUAAAAUCUUGGAAAUCGAUUCAGUGCUGGUGUUACUCUAAUUAGCAGGAGGCAAACAGCUGCUAUCUGGCUUGGUAUGUUCUUGGUAUGCUAGGCAGAAUUGGUAAAGGAAAUGGCAUGGUGAGCAAGCGUGAAGGAGGGCCCCUGCAAGUUGCUAAAGCUUUUCAGUCCCCUAAAACAUCAAAGUUGGGAUUACAUCACUGGGCUGGCCAGUGAAACUGGAGAACUCACCCCGUAGAUUUAACAGUGUGGAUAAUUGAACAGUGGAACAGCAUACCUAGACAGGGUGGGAUGUUUUGUCACCCCAGUCUUGACUAAAGGCUCCCUCUCCAUGAUGCUCCAUGGCACAGGCAGGAGCUGUGGAUGAGGAGAGGGAAGUAGGUCAGGUUGUGCUGUGUGCUGAGCAGUGGCUGGAGGGAGGGGAUGUGAAAGUGUAAAGUUGUACUUGCAAAUUGAGUCACCCAUGAAAUUAUACUGAAGCUGUGAUCUGGGGUGAAUUUUUACAAUGGCAUAUGUGAGUGUGGUCAGUCUAAAAUAACAGAGGGUGGCUGCAACUUGGAAAUAAGCCAGCUGCCUUUGAAACACCAGUUUAUUGUUUUGACUAGAGAGACAUUUCUAAGAGCAGAAAUCAGAAAGAGCACUGCAGAACCCAGCUUGAAAGUGCCUCACUGCCCUUUUAAAGCUUUGUGGAUGUUGGGGCCAUGGCUGCUUCCAUGCUUCGAAGGAAGGCUGCAAUUUUAACAAAAAGUUGGUAGAUCUUGGAGAGCAUUUUCUCUGAGACUUGAGCAGAAAUGUGAAUCACUCCUACCCCCAACCUCAAUGUUUCACUCUGAAAGUGGAGGGAGGCUCCUUCAAAGUCUUCACCUUAGCAGAUCUUGUAUAAAAAUCUGGCUGUGGCCUUUAUUGCUCACUGAAGUGGGUCAAGCAGCAGCAAUGCUGUGUGUUCAUUGUCAGCUGUGCCUGGACACCUUGUUUCCUCCUGCUGACUCCUACGCUUCCCUGUGCCGGCAGAAGGAAGCUGGAGCAGACCCGUGGCCACUCUCUGCAUCCUGCUAGGGCAGGCAGGAGUCAGGCAGGGCAGGAAAAAGCAGGAUACCAGAAAUGUGUUGGGUAGGAGUGUCUUCCCAAGGGACACUUGUGCCUUUGGAUCGGCUGCCUGAUGUGCACACCCCCCUUGCAGCUGCCACCAAAGAAUGUGAUGAGUUUCACGGUCAGUGACUGAACAAACUCGUGACUCUGCCAAGUGCAGAUGGCAGGGAAGUAGAAAGCCAGAAGGAAAGUCAAUCUGGGACGCAGCAGUGAAGCUUCCCAGUUUGUUUGGGUCCUUGCUGAGUGAUGGUUGAAGGAGCUGCACCUAAGUGUUUCUGGAAGUUGUUUCCAGCCUUCAGCAGCUUUAUGAAAGCUGGAAUAGCUUCUGUGCUCCCUAGAAGUAGAAAAGAAGGGGAUGAAAUGGAAGGAGUGGGUUAGCUGAUGCUGUUUGUUUUAGACAAGAAUUAUCCUAGGAGUAAAGCAGGUGUAAUUCCAAUUGGUGUGGAUUCUUGCUUCACCCGUCUCUGCUCCUGGCAGCUGACAAAAGCAAGAUAUACCAACUUAGGGAGAUUUCUAUCUGCAUUUGAGUGGAUUUGUUUUCCAAACGUCACAGCUUGGGGAAGCUCUUGGCAACCUGUUCUCCCUCUGCCCCGUGAGGCAUUUCUAGAGUUUGGGUGGCUAAAGACUGCUGCUAAGGGUGGAAAUUUGAACAGCCUUCUCCAAGGCCAGCACUGUUUGGCUGAAGCCAGUUCAGCCUGGCGCUUGCCAUGGGAAGUUUCUGUGGACACUUUGGGGUGCUGGCGAUUCGCCAGGACAUGGGCUCACUGCAGUGAUCAGUCAUGGGGCUGCUGCUUUCUAAUUCAGAUUUUGUUGUCUCAUGACUUUGAGGCUAGUCUUGUAACCAAGGCAGCUAAAUGUGCUUUUAAUUAGUGCUGGUUGAAGUAUUUGAGUGAAAUAUGCACCGAAGGGUUACAUCUUCAGUGUGCAAUUCUUAUUUAUGUCAGGAGCUGCUUCACUUGUUUGGAUCACGUUUUUGGCUGUUAUCACCCAGCAUAGCAUUGCUGGAGCAACAGACUGGCAAAGUUUGACCUAUCCUUUCUUCUUAGGUGGGGGUAGAAAAGGAAAUGGCAGACAGUGAAAUUAUUUAUCACAGCAGGCUCAAAACAGAAAAGACCUGGCAGUUUUCUCUUGAGGAAUACUCUGUGUUUGUGUGUUAUCUCCUACUUUGGGCAAUCUCUUUCUGUGUGUCAGUGAUAAUGCUUGAAAGAUUUCCACUUUUCAGCCUUAUCAUUCCAGAGGCUGGUAGGAGACCAUGUUGUCAAAUGCCUAAAUAUCUUCAUACCACAAUAUUUUAACAUUUGAGUUGUUUCAUUUAUAACACAAUAGAUUAUGUGGUAUUCACUUCUAGUCAAAAUUUACAUUGACUCAGUAUUUUUAAGAAAUGGUUGCUAGAAUUGCUUUCAAAAUCUCAAAAAUUUGAAGAAAAUGGACUAUUGCAAAAAAAAAAAAAAAAAAAGAAAAGUAUUA